GUACUUACUCUUUUGCUAAUCCAAUACAAAAAAUAAUUUUUUUACAUCUCAAAAACUCAAGCCCAUUAAGUUGAGCUCCUUAAAUUUUUCAGUUUUAAAAUUGAGGUCAGAACAACUUUUACAAGGACAAUUCGAUCAUGAAAGGGUAGGAAUUAGUUCUGAACAUGCGAUGGAGGGCUGUCUCUGUUUAGAUCGAAUUUAGACCAGAAAGAGCAUCUGAAAUCUUUUUAUGAGGCAUGCAGAUAAAAUAUAGAUUUGAAUGUAUCUUUUAAUGGUUGAUAUUUCAUUUAUUAUAAAAUAUAUAUGGUACAUUAAUUUUGCAUGCUUAAUAUAAAUUAAAAAUAGAAUCAUAGAUGAACAAAAAAUCACUCACACACCAUAUCGAUGAUACAACCUUCAAUCCAAGAAUAAAUUCCGUUGUUAUAUAUAUAUAUAUAUAUAUCAUAAUUUGCUAUCGAUGUUUUCAUUUACAACAUAUAUAUGUAUAAUUAAUUAGCACAUUUGUCUACAAUAAUCGAAUGGUUAAAAGUUGGGGCAACCAAAGUGAUGGAUAGCGAAGGCAAUACAUAAUGGCCAAUGAGCUCCCAGACGUAACAAAGUCAAUGAGUGGUCGUCGAUUUCCACAGAAAUGGUCAAUGUCCCUAAAAAUAAAACCUUAAACCAUCUAUAAGAACCAAAAGUUCUAGAAAUGGCUCCGAACAACACCAUAUCGUUCACAAUACCAUUCCCACAAACACAGUUCUCUUUCUCGUUGUUCAUGUCACGUAAUCGUUGAGUUCCAAUAAAAUAAUUUCAAAGACAAAAAUAUUAUAUACAAGAAAAUGGAAAGUAAAGUACUUGUCUCCGCCGUUUCUCUGAUUCUCGUAGUGGGUGUUGCUCUGGGCGUUGUUGCUCUUGUCCGCACCAGCCCAAGCGGCGACGAAAACAACCACGAUUUGAACACUCACUCCAAGGCUGUUGCAGCGGUAUGCCAAAACACCGAUGACCACCAGCUCUGCACCGACACACUCGGCAAUGUCAACACCUCAGACCCAACCGAUUACAUCAAAACCGUUGUGCAAACCUCCAUGGACAGCGUCAUCAAGGCCUUCAACAUGAGCGACAAGCUCACCGUCGAAAACAACCAGAGCAACAAUACCGUCAAAAUGGCCCUCGAAGACUGCAAAGACUUGUUACAGUUCGCCAUCGACGAAUUACAGGCCUCAAACAUCCUAGUUAACGACAACAACAUUAACAACGUUAACGACCGUGCCACAGACCUCAAAAACUGGUUGGGCGCUGUGAUUGCGUACCAGCAAUCGUGCCUUGAUGGGUUCGACACGGACGGUGAGAAAAAGGUGCAGUCACAGUUACAAACGGGUAGUUUAGACAACGUUGGAAAACUAACUGCGUUAGCACUUGAUGUGGUGUCGGGUAUAUCGCAAAUAUUGUCUGCUUUCAACUUGACUUUGAGUUCGAAACCUUCCUCUCGUCGGCUUCUUGAAGUGGAUCAUGAUGGGUAUCCUUCUUGGAUGGCCGGUUCUGAUCGCAAGCUCUUGGCUGCUAUGAAUAAAGGAGAUUCCGUCACACCUAAUGCAGUGGUUGCCAAAGAUGGUAGUGGCCAAUAUAAGACUGUUUUGGAUGCUAUCAAUGCUUAUCCCAAGAACCAUCAAGGUAGAUUCGUUAUUUACGUUAAGGCUGGUACCUAUGAUGAGUACAUUACCGUUGACAAGAAGAAGCCUAAUAUUCUAAUAUACGGUGAUGGCCCCACAAAGACCAUUAUCACUGGAAGUAAAAAUUUUAUCGAUGGUUGGAAGACAAUGAGAUCUGCUACCUUCGCCACCGUUGCUGAAAAUUUCAUUGCAAAGUCAAUGGCAUUCGAGAACACCGCUGGAGCGAGCAAGCACCAGGCAGUGGCACUUCGCGUGCAAGGUGAUCGCUCAGCUUUCUUUGACUGCGCCAUGCACGGUUUUCAAGACACGUUAUACGCACACGCCCACCGUCAAUUCUACCGCAACUGCGAAAUCUCCGGAACCGUUGACUUCAUCUUCGGCUACGCCACGACGUUAAUCCAGAGCUCCAAAAUCAUAGUGCGUAAGCCUGAGCCAAACCAACAAAACAUAGUAGUAGCCGAUGGAACGGACCAAAAGAACAUGCCCACAGGGGUAGUGCUUCAGAACUGUGAGAUAUUGCCAGAAGCAGCAUUGGCACCCGAGAAGUUGAAGGUGAGAUCGUACUUGGCGAGGCCAUGGAAGGCAUAUUCAAGGGCAAUUUUCAUGGAAAAUACGAUUGGUGAUUUGAUUCAGCCAGAUGGGUUUCUUCCAUGGCAAGGCACUCAGUUCCUUGACACAUGUUUCUUUGCUGAGUAUGCUAACAACGGAUUGGGUGCCAAUGCGCAAAACAGGGUCAAGUGGGGUCGUGGGGUUCUUAGUAAGACUGAUGCUGCUAAAUACACUGCUGAACAAUGGCUCCAAGCCAGCACAUGGCUCCCCGCCACUGGCAUUCCUUUCGAUCUUGGCUUCACUAAAGCUUGA